AUGUUUCGCACUGUCGCCCCGCACGUAAACACCUCUCUGCUGACAGACGCAUAUAUAGAGCGCACCCAAAGGAAAGAGAGGGAGAGGAAGGGACCCUAUAGCCAUGCAGUCACCCUGAGGACCUGUGUAGCCUGGCAGGACAGUGUGGAGCGGGACAGGCCAGGGGGAGAGGAGGAGGAGGAGGAGGAGGAGAGGGGCCUGCUUGUAUUCAGUGUCCCUCCUCGUGUGGCCUCUGCGCACACUCAGCAAAUUCACGUCUGGCAUGGACCCGCGAGCUCCUGGGAGAAGGUUGAAAUGUGA